AAAAGUUAAUUGGUAAAUGCGAGUACAAGGUCGCUGUAUGUAAUUUAUUGCUCGAUAACGUUAAUAUAUAAUUUUACGCAAUUUUACCUACUUAUAUAAAAAGCUGCUGGAAUUCUCAUUUAUGGCCAUAGAAUUUUCUUUACUCAUUGAAGAAUUGCUGUAUUCUUUAAUUGUUAAAAAAUAGGUUGUCAUUUAAAAGGCUCUUAUAUCGAUACAGUAGAUUCCUAUUCGAAACCCGGCACCACGUUGCGCGAAUGUUUUCAUUCUCGUACUUAUGUAUAUUGUAUAUAUACCUAGUAGCUUAUACUUAUUUCAACGUUUCUUAAAAAGUGAGUUACAGUGCGUUAUGUAUUGUUGAUAAAAUGUUUACAUUUAAUUUUUCCAAGAAUAACUCCAGUCAAGAAAAUGAAACAGAUAAAAAUUGUGAUAAAACAAACCAAUUAAAUUGGUUGCCAGCUAAAGAAAUUGAAAUACCACAGCAAUAUUUUAAAAAGAAUCAUGAAAGUAUAGACUAUGUAACAAAUUCAGCUAUCCCUGAUUUUACAUUAAAGUUAGUUGAUUCGGACAAAGUUGUUAUAAAACUGACUGAAGAAAAUUGUGAAAAUAUAAUUGAAGCUGAGUCUCAGCAUUCUGAUUUGCUGCCAGCAAAAUAUGAAGGUGGGCUGAAAAUUUGGGAAUGCACUUAUGACUUGGCAAAUUAUUUGCUGACAGAAAAUAUUUCUCUCAGAAACAAAGCAGUGUUAGACUUAGGCUGCGGUUCUGGAUUCAUUGGCCUUGUUGCUUUUCUUCGAGGUUCAACUGUUCACUUUCAAGACUAUAAUUCUGAAGUCAUUGAAUCAGUUACAAUACCAAAUGUAAUACUGAAUUGUGAUGAACAUGAUGCUGUAAAAGAAAGAUGCAAAUUUUUCUGUGGAGAUUGGGAGUCAUUUGCUAAUCUUUUGACAAAAGGCAAUGAUGAUUUGAAAUAUGACUUUAUUUUUACCAGUGAGACUAUUUACAAUCCAGAUAAUCAUCAUAAGCUGUAUGAGGUUUUUAAGCAAAAGCUCAGUAUAAAUGGAAUUGGCUUUAUCGCUGGAAAAACUUAUUAUUUUGGAGUUGGUGGUGGAAUGCGACAGUUUGAAGAACUUAUUUUAAAAGAUGGUAUCUUUGAUGUAAAAGUAGUAUGGAAAAGUGAUGAAGGAUUGCAAAGAGAGGUGUUAAAACUAGAAAGAAAUACUGUUUAGAAAAGGGAUCAAAUUUAUAACAAUCAAAAGUAUAAAAGUAUGAGUCUGCACAUACUUGGUAUGCAUCAGUCGGGCAUAGAUGAGCGUUUUUCCAGCAUCGCAAAGACCCGUAAGAAGUACAUUGUGCCCGACAGAUGUUCUGCGUCUCCAUAGAGCGAAGAGGACUAUCAAAGAGACAUAAGAUGUUGAGAAACAAUAAUUGUACAAAGCAGAAAUAAUUGUUUGUGUACAUUAUUCUACACAGAGCUAAGAGCUACAAAUUUAUAGGCUACAGUGAUAUGAUAAUAAGAACACACCCAAGUGAUCGUUAAGUACAAAAGUUAGUUUAAUUAUAAGUUAGAUUCUAUAUAGGUCAUGUAUUUCUUUUGUUAUUAUGUGUUUAAUUACAACGUUAUAAUCGUCGUUCUAUUGGCCCUGGUACUGAUAUUUCUGAACUUUUUCAGUAUCUUUCACAUACUGUUCAAUAUUUUGUAUUACCUAUGAAGAUAAAAUCGAUGUUGGAAAAAUUAUAAUGAAAAACGAUGCCGAAUGCAAAGAAUAAACGAAGGCAUAACCUACAAUAUGCGAGCGAAUAA